UCGCCACUUACGACAAUUUAUUUAUAAGUAAAUAAUAUAUUCAACUAUUAAUGAUAAUACAUUGAGAAUUACCAUAUAUCAUUUUAAAUUAAUAACAUUGAUUUUUACAACCAUUACUGUUCCCUUUGUAAAUAGAGAUGUUGGUAAUGAAGAAUCAAGUCAUGCACGGGAAAUGAUGGGAGAGGAAAUUGAUGGCCUAGGUGUCAGCCUUCUUGAUGAUGCAUCUCCAAGUAUAAAGAAACUGGUGCAUCAAGAACCCAUUGCCCUGCAAUCACCUGAACUUUUCAAGAAUGCAAACAAUGCAUCAAGUUCAUCAAGCACACCGAAGGGAAAAGGUAGAGCAAAGUUGAAAAGAAGAAUUCCCUGUCUUCCAUCACAGCGCCAGUCUCUAAAGUGCAGGAUGAGAUCAACAAAAUCUAGAACUGGAAUGUCCUGUGCAGUAGAUACAGCAUGGCACAAACGUGGUUUUGAUAGCCUUACCUCACAUACAUUUUUUAUGAGUAAAGCCAAGUAUGGGAAAAAAGUCGUGAAAACAGUGGUAUCUCACAGAACAUGUGGCACUUGUAAGUGGUGGCAAAGACAUCGACCAGGCCAACAGAUCAGAAAGCACAAAUGUGUCCACAGUCACACUGGAAGUGCCCGUUCAAUGGAAAGUGUAAGCGGUGUUCAGGGCGUCAAAGAAUUGAGAGAUUUAGGUACACCGGUGGAAAUUCUUGAAGGAGAUGGGGACAAUACAUUAAUUACGAAACUUAAAAAUGACCUUGGAAUUACCAUGAAAAAACGACUGGACAAAAAUCAUGUGGUUAAGAACAUUGAAAAACGACUCUAUAUACUACAUGGAACCAACGGUGUGAAACUAAACUCUGGACCAUUCCACCCGUUUCUUUAGGCCAAACCUGUAGAGUGUGUCAGGAGACGUACGACAACCAGUAUCAAUAUGCUGUGUUGGGGUGUCCAUCCACAACUUGCAUAAGAGGUUCUUUCUUUGACAACCUAAUUAAUAAUUUCGAUGUCCAUUUAUAUGUAGAGCUUUCGCAGCUCAGUGAAGAUAUUUUAUAUUUUAUAUUACUUGGAGGAGUAGAACCCACUAUAUUAUUAGAGAAAGAGAGCAAAAAAAGAAUUUAUUUGUCUUUGUGCAAAAUUUGUGUGUGGAGCCACCGCGUGCUAUAAUAGAGCCUUGUCGCAAAAUUUAGAGUACAACUAAAAGCAUAGUUAUGUAAACAUUUAUCCAUAUAUAUACGUUUUCUUUGUUAUAAUUUUCUAUCUCUGUUCUUUUUUUUUUAUAUAUAUAUAUUAUCAUUUUGAUUUUCUUUAUGUAUUCUAAAUAUAUGUAAAUGUUACAACAUGAAAUCUCCGCAAGGGGGAAAUAAAGAUUGAAUGAAUGAAUGGAGGAGAACUUGAGAGCUAUUCUACCUCAUCAGUUUGAUGAUCAUUCUGUGUGCCAUGCUCGAUUUUGUGGGUUUAAACGAAAUCCAGGUGAAAAAUAUAUUCACAGAAGUCUUCCCUACAAAUCUGCUUUGAAGGACGACAAACUUCGCCAGCAUCUCCAACCCAUCUUUGAUCAAGUAGCAGCACGGGCAGCCCAGUAUGUAGACCUCUGCUCUAGUCAACAGUGCGAACAUGCCAACAGAGAAGUCAAUAUAAGGGUACCGAAGUCUCACCACUAUGGCAACUCUGAGGCACUUGAUUUUAGGGUCCAUGCUACAGCAGCCUUCAUAAAUGAAGGAAGAGAUUACAUUUCCAAGGUAUUUUAAGUUAUUGUUUUGUUGAAUUCUUUUCAAGUUAUUGUUCGUUAAUUUCCUUAUUUGCAUUUUGUUUCAUUGUUUAUAGUUUUUACAAAGUUGGCUGUUAUCAUUAUUUUGUUUUUAUUUCUUUUUUAGCAUAUUGUUGAUUUCAGUGUUUCAGUGACUGACAUCCAGAUUGCGUUCUUUGUUACCUGUAAGUUUUUAAUUCAUAUUUAUGAAUAUACAUUUGGCAUGGUAUUAUUUUAUUCAACAAUCUACACUCUUCAAUUUUAACUGUUAAACAUUCAGAUUUUAAAGCAAUAAUUGACAUAAGAAAAUUGUACUCAAGAAUAGAAUUUGUUCAUAUUUUUUCUAAUACAAUAAAGGUUAAUGAAGACGCUGGUUUGUCUCCUGGAAACUACACCCAGAAGUAUGCAGAUAAACAGUUCAAGCGGCGACUGAAGGUUGAAGAGAGGUCAAAACUUCCCUCAACAAAGAGAAGGCGACUACAGUUAAAACAAGAGAGGAAUGUUACACAAUGUGUAUUGCAGGCACUUGAGGGUGACACAUAUCAGUCAGAGAUUGGAUUAGCUGAUGAGAUUGACACAGAACAAAUCCCAGAUCCUGUCCCCCGAGGUGUUUUCAAGCCUGUCACCUUGUCCAGUGGAACUCCUUCUCUUGUAAUGUUUGAUUUAGAGACUGCAGAUCUGAUUCGAGGAAGACAGAUGCCACAUAUUACACAGCUGGCUGCAGUUGAAAUGGAGACAGGAUCUGUGUAUAAUAAUUAUAUUCUCCCAAAGGUGCCCAUUACAGAAGAAGCAAUGAAUACAACUGGCAUAGUGGUCAAUUCAGAUUUACAGAAAAUGACUGUCCAUGGAAAAGAAGUCGAUGCAGUAAAUAUAACAUCUGGACUGACAUAAUUUUCAAACUGGUUAAAGAAUUUUCCCAGAGCUAUAUUAGUGGCGCAUAAUGGGAGGAAAUUUGAUUUUCCUGUUCUUAUGAACACAUUACAUUCUUUGAAUUUGACAAAUGUGUUGCUUUCUGCAGUCUCUGGAUUUACUGACUCGCUUAGUAUUUUCAAGAAGGCAUUUCCUGGCCAGCCAAAUUAUAAACAGGAGACCUUAGUGAAGUCACUACUAGACACCACAUACAGCGCUCAUGAUGCAAUAGAAGAUGUCAAAACAUUAGGAAUGUUGAUGAAACACUCUAAAAUAUCAGGUCCUGAAAUUUUACCAUUCACUUUUCCACCAAUUGCUGUGCACCAAGGCCUUCUUUUCAGCAAGGAGAAAUCAAAAAACAUAACUUCACUGCAUGUUCUCAUAGCAAAAGGCAUUGUGAAACAUAAUACAGCUGAAAACAUUGCAGGUUCUGGAUUGAACUUGUCACACCUUCACAAAAUAUUUCAAGAGAGAUGGUGAGGAUGGACUAAGAGCUACAUUUUCACAAAAAACAUCCGACGGUCAGCCACGAGUUUCGUCUACAAAACGUGUUCUGGAUUCUGUCAUUACAAAAAAUAUUUUGAGAAACAAUAUGAAACAUGAAUUGUGUCAGAUAUAUUGCAGUAUCAUUGUAUAUUAUGUUGAUGGAAUGAAUAGAAUAUAAAGUAACAUUAUUUUUUUAC